AUGCAUCGAUUUCGCAGGUUUGCCCCGGUGCACGCGUGGGUAGCCGUGCGCUGCGUCUUUCAGAGUAAGGAGUUUCUGGCGGCGUCCAAGGAGCUGCCCACGACCCCGGAGGGGCGCAACCCGUACGAUGUCCUCGAAGUCACUGUCACCCAGGCUACGACACUUGACGAAGUGUCAAAACAGUUCCGCAGCCUCGUCGUCAAAUAUCACCCCGACAAGCCAGGCGGCUCCACAGAAAAGAUGGCGGAGGUGAACUUGGCCUACAAGAUUGUCAAGGAGAAUCAUGAUGCGGUGCUGCGCCGGAUGAAGGAGGCGGAGUCAACCAUCAAGGCUAACGAGGCAUACCGGCAGCACAAACACGCGCGCGCCAGCCGUGACGAGGAUCUUGGUCGCUCAGGCGGGCUUAACCGCCGCAACUCGCGCGCCGCGCGAGAAGCUGCCGAGUCCACCGGCUUGCGUCGCCCCCGCUCACUGAAAGAGAUCGAGGUUCAGUGGGCCAAGUACAAGGAGGACACAGAGGCAGCGGUAAAGAGCAUGUGCAAUCGCUAUGAGAUGGCUAUCCAGCAGGGAAAGUUCUUCCGCAAGUCAGCGACGCUGAACGAGAUCACGGUACGCGAACGCUGGCUGCGCAAGUCGUUUGUGAAGGGCAUCUGGGAGGAUGUACAUGAGCUUCGCGGGGAGUUGCUUCGUCGAGGUACCCGCAGCGCUCAGCAAUCCGAGCUAGCAGAGGAGAUGGUUAGCUUUGCCUCCACGACGCAGCGGAAGCUGAAUGAGAAUUUUCAGCGACUGACACAAGAGAGUGUGCAGUUGCAGUCCCGCAUGUUAGUCGAGCGCGCCUUCUUCAUUGUGUGCUCGGUAAUCUUGCUGGUGAAGGUGUGGAGGUGGUUUGUUGGCUUUACCUUCAACAACACGCUCACCGUGAAGCUCAAGCGUGGCUUCCUCUCACAGUAA